GCCGCCACUCUGUGCCUUCCGUCUCCAGUGCCCAGCAGCGUGCCCUGAGCUUGGGUGGUUAGUAGACAUUUAAGCUAAAGGAAAUGUGUUAUUUUGGAGCCCAGUUUCUUUGCCUGCUCGUAAAGCAAUGCCGCUGACCCAAAAGUUCUUCCCGGGGAAGACUGGACAGCUCGGGAUGGGGGGGGGGUGAUACUGAGUGUGAGUGGGCAGAGCUAUAGGGCAGCUGCUUUCUACUACGGAAAACUGUAAAAAAUGUAAAAGUAUUAAAAAUAGGGCCAUGCGGUUAUUCCCGUCUUAUGUUGAAGAAGAGUGGGUUUGGGGGCGUGGGGUCCUCACAGCCUGCACAGGACUCCUGGCCCGGUGCCCUUCCCCCAGCCCAGAGGUCCGCCUCCACCGGCCGGGCAGCUGCUGGCAGCGCUCUCCCCAGCAGGGUGUCCGUGGGGUGGGGCUCCUUAUCUCUUCCUCGCCCUACUUUCCGGGCCCAGGCACCUGCUGUGAUUUCCGCUGAGUGCCGAGUGCUAACCUGGAGCGGAGGAAGAGCUGGCCAGAGUCCAGCCAGAGUCACUGGAGGGAGCGAGGGGCUCCCCCAGCACCUGGGUCUUUGCAGGGCUCGGACGCCGGUAUGAUACUGGGGAGUAUCCUCGCCCCGCUCUUACCCUUGCAAAGGGAGGCUUAAGAGGGGGGCGGGAGCAGGGAAGGCCGAACAUCCCGCAGGAGCGGUGCCCACCGGUGCGGGAGUCUGGGUGUAUAGGUUGUGGAGGACCCCGUGGAAGGGCUGGCGGGGCGGGCGGGGCGGAAAGCAGGGGCGGCUCCUGAGGCAGGCUCCGCCCCAGGGCGCGGGUUUAAAAGCGGGAAGGCAGGCGCCGAGGAAAGGCUCGUAGCUCAGCAGGAGUGGAGCGGCAGUGCAACUCGGGCACAGCCAUGGCCCUACGGGCGCAGGGCGCCCGGUGGCUGGGCAGCAUCCUCCUCUUCGCCUUGCUCGCUGCCAGCGCCGCAUCGUUCAGUUGGGAUCUCCCCGAGCCCCGUGGCCAGGCCAGCAAAAUCCGAGUGCACCCACGGGGCAACCUCUGGGCCACCGGUCACUUCAUGGGCAAGAAGAGUGUGAAGCCCCCCAGCCCACCCCUACUGGGGACAGCUCCCCACAUCUCCCUCAGGGAUCUGAGACUGCAGCUGAGUCAUGAUCUGCUCAGGAUCCUCCUGCUGAGGAAAGCUCUGGGCACCAGCCCCAGCGGCCCACCCCCUCGCACCCAGGAGGCUGCUGGUGCGAAUGCUGCAGAAGUGAUGCCGUUAAUGAGGAAGACUCGACCACGUGGCUUAGAUUGCGCCCACCCAGGGAAGGUGCUGAAUGGGACCCUGGCAGUGGCCCCAUCUGGUUGUAAAUCCUGGGCUCAGAUCUCCAUUACUCCAUUACUGUGAUUUCUGGUCCGGUCACCAGGAAUGUCGUCAAUGCAGACACAAAUUAUAUUCCUGCUGUAUUUCUUGCUUCCCUGUUGAAGUGGUGAAUAAAAAGGCCUUGCUCUUUGCAUAGAA